UGAGCGGGAGAGCAGCGGCCAGGGCGCCGGCCCAGAGGCGCGGGUUGCGGGAGGUCGUCCGCCCCAGCCGCGGCGGAUGCGGUUUUGCUCUCGGUUUGCCCUGGAUUGAGGUGUCCAUGACGGAAUUACUCGAGGAGAAGGAGGAAAUCCGUUCCUGAGCGAGCGGGCCUGAAGCUCCGGGCAGCGGCCUCUGUCGCUGAGGAACCGCUGGAACCCAGGCCCCCUCCGAGCCCGUUGGAAGGACCUGCCCGCGGCAGCUCUUGGUCGCGGGCUUCCUUAUCUCUCAGAUCUGCUCGGACCCUCCCUCUGUCUUGUUUCCAUCAUUUGGGCUUUGGAAAAACAGUAUCUGCCCCCUUGACGAAGGACGCUGGAUUCGUUCAGCUUUAUUUGUCAGCUCUGGAAUUCUUUGUCUUCUCAAAGUACUCACUAAACAUUGAACACAGUCUCCUGGCAAAUUGAAAACAGAGGGAUAAGAAAAACUGUUUUCAAAAUGUGUAUUCAGUUUACAGACCAUUCUGUCUUGAGCUACAUUUUAGAUACAGUGAAUUUACUUUGAUUUAUUAUUUGCUUUUACAUUUGACAAGGUUCCCUUAGUGGUACAUUUGGAAAAUGGUUUAUGCUCGGCUGUUAACAAAUAUGGUUUUUAAACUGAACUGUCAUGUUUUGCUCCCUUUAUGUUGGGUUUUCAAGUGAGAUCCUGGAUUCUUCUUAGGAUAAAAAAGUCGGAGUUCUUAGCGGAGAAGAUGGCGCGAUCUACUCUGCGCUCCCAGAGCGUGAAGGCAUGACAGCUAAGGAGCACACGUGGACUCGGGGCACAUGGAAAUGUGUGCCCAGAAAAAGGAAAUCAGUCAUUCCUUAGAAGUAGGAAAGCUUUCCUCCCUGCCAAAAUGGGCACAUUCUGCUCGGUCAUCAAGUUUGAAAAUCUCCAAGAAUUGAAGAGACUGUGUCACUGGGGCCCCGUCAUCGCCCUCGGGGUUAUAGCGAUCUGCUCUGCCAUGGCCAUGAUCGACUCUGUGCUGUGGUAUUGGCCCUUACAUACCACGGGAGGAAGCGUGAAUUUUAUCAUGUUGAUCAAUUGGACUGUCAUGAUUCUUUAUAAUUACUUCAAUGCCAUGUUUGUUGGUCCUGGCUUUGUCCCUCUGGGCUGGAAACCGGAGAGUUCUCAGGACACCAUGUACCUCCAGUAUUGUAAAGUCUGCCAGGCGUACAAGGCACCACGUUCCCAUCACUGCCGCAAGUGCAACAGAUGUGUCAUGAAGAUGGAUCAUCACUGUCCUUGGAUCAACAACUGUUGUGGUUACCAAAAUCAUGCUUCCUUCACACUGUUUCUCCUGUUAGCACCACUGGGUUGUAUCCAUGCUGCUUUCAUUUUUGUUAUGACCAUGUACACACAGCUUUAUAAUCGGCUCUCCUUUGGGUGGAACACAGUGAGGAUUGACAUGAGUGCAGCCCGGAGAGAUCCUCUUCCACUUGUCCCCUUCGGAUUAGCUGCAUUUGCUGCCACUUUGUUUGCCUUGGGACUAGCUCUGGGAACAACUAUAGCGGUUGGAAUGUUGUUUUUUAUCCAGAUGAAAAUAAUUCUCAGAAACAAAACUUCUAUUGAGUCAUGGAUUGAAGAGAAGGCAAAAGAUCGAAUUCAGUAUUAUCAGCUAGAUGAAGAUUUUGUUUUUCCGUAUGAUUUGGGAGAUAAAUGGAAGAACUUCAAGCAGGUGUUUACGUGGACUGGGUUUCCUGAAGGAGAUGGGCUCGAGUGGCCCGUACGGAGAGGCUGUCACCCCUAUAGCCUAACGAUAGAACAAUUGAAACAAAAAGCAGAUAAGAGAGUCAGAAGCGUUCGCUACAGAGUAAUAGAUGACUAUAGUGGUGCCUGCUGUCCCCUGAAUAAAGGAAUCAAAACGUUCUUCACAAGCCCCUGCACGGAAGAGCCUCGGAUACAGCUCCGAAAGGGGGAGUUCAUCUUGGCCACAAGAGGUUUACGAUACUGGUUAUAUGGAGACAAAAUUCUUGAUGAUGCCAUUGUGGAAGGUGUCUCAAGAAUCAGAGGCUGGUUCCCAAGAAACUGUGUGGAGAAGUGUCCCUGUGAUGCAGAGGCCAAUCCCGCCCCGGAGGGCGAGAAGAAAACCAGAUAGCCUCCAUCUACUGGAGUGAAGUUAUUCUUUCAGGCCGCUUUAUUACUUGAAAAUUGUACAUAAUUACUCAACAAUUAUGCAAUGAGCCUACCGUGGUGAGGGUUUUCUUUUCCUCAAAGGUGCCCUAGUAUCAUGAUUAAAUAUUUUUGUUACCAUUUUGAAAUGGAGAAGCCAUUCUGCAUAUGCCUUUUAGAAUCCUACUCCUUGUCACCACCUCUUCUUCCCCCAAAAGGGGGAAAAACAUGUCACCAAGUCAGUCACAUCCGCAUUUUCUCGAGGAUUUUGAUGCACUGCACACGCUGGAGCUCGCCUGCCACUGGGGCUCCCUGUUGGCCAGGAGCACCUGCAGGUGACACUGCUAUUUCCCCUCUGAGGAGAUACUUCUUAAACAAUAGUCUAGAUGCUGUAGAUCUUAAUCUGUCAGAUUCAAUAUAAGCUCAGAUUUUGUUACUUGUCUUUUAAUAAUGCAGAUUUUGCCAAAUCAAAUAAAGAUUAAUGGACAGUCUGUAAAA